GCAGGCCCGGGACGUGCCCGGCUGGCGACCGAGCGGCGGGUACGGCGUCCGGCGCACUCACUUCCGCGUCCCGCCGCCCUCCGGCCCGCGCGCGCUCAGCCGCCGCCGCUCUCGGACAAUAGGCCACCCGCUCCGGCCCCCGUGAACUUCCUGCGGCCGCCAGACCGGCCCGUGCGCGGAGGACCGCGCUCCCUCUCGGCCCCGGCCAGGAUCACAGCUGCGCGGCUGCGAGGGUAAGCGGAGGGGACCGAGCGCGCCCGGGACGUGCCUGCGCCCCCGGCCGCCGCGCCUUUGCUCCGGCUGGACGGUGCGGAGGCUUCUGCACUCUCUGGCCCAGGCGACUUCACCCCGGCCCGGUCCUGCGGCAGCCGCCUUGUGGGCUUCUGUGUUUGGUUGGUUAGGGAGGAUGUGAUUUUUUUUUUCCUCCUUUCAUGAUUUGAAAAAGAGAAAAGAACGCACUGUAAGCUGGGACAGGGAAGCGCCACCAUCUGCCCCCACGUGGACACUUCCGAGGGGAAAAGAAGUUGGAAGAGAACUUAAUCCAUCAGGCUUUGAGGCCUCAGCGUGGGCUGGACUGUGAGGCCUGGGUCAUGACUCUCACUCUGGGCAGGUGGAAGGUUUUACCUGUUCUGGGCUGGACUUGAGCCCCGGUUCUUGGCCAGCACAUCCCCACCACCUCCUACACACACACACACACACACUCACUCACUUACUAGGGGCACCGGGCCUAGGCAUCCACACCAGUCUGCAACAUGGAUAAGUAUGACGACCUGGGCCUGGAGGCCAGUAAAUUCAUCGAGGACCUGAACAUGUAUGAGGCAUCCAAGGAUGGGCUCUUCCGAGUGGACAAGGGUGUGGGCAACAACCCGGAGUUUGAGGAAACACGCAGGGUGUUUGCCACCAAGAUGGCCAAAAUCCACCUUCAGCAGCAGCAACAGCUCCUCCAAGACGAGACCCUGCCCAGGGCCAGCCGAGGUCCUGUCAAUGGUGGGGGGCGUCCGGGCCCCCAGGCCCACCGGGACACUGGUGCGGGCAGCAAGCUGACCACGGAUGGCGCUGCCAAGCCCCCUCUGGCUGCCUCAGCAGGAGCUCCUGCCGCGGCUACCACCAUCGCCGCUGGGCAGCCCUUGUGCCCACCACAGGAGCAGAGGGCCAGGCCGUACGUCCGCAGCGCGAGGCCUGGUAGCCAGGACUGUGGUGCUAAGGAGGGCCCCGUGAGCUCUGAGAUGUCUGCUUUCCACGGGGUGAGUCCCUGUGAGGAUCCUUCCUGCCUCACCCACGGGGACUAUUAUGACAACCUCUCCUUGGCAAGCCCAAAGUGGGGUGAAGACCCAGGAGCACCUUCCAGCAUCAGGCUGGGUGUAGGGAGCGGGUGGCCUGGCGCCCCAGGAAGUGAUCCCGCACCACCCAAACCGUCCAGGGAUCCUCACUUAUACCAGCCACAGCUCUCCCCAGGCUCCAGCAGGUCGCUCGAGAGCGGCCAGGACGGUGGCGUCGAUGGCCGUGGCAGCGAGAAGCCAGCAGCUCUUUGGACCACCGCCUCCUCCCAGUGGGUGAGGCCUGGCCUGCCCUCCCCAGGCCCGGAGAACGGAGCCCUGCUGGGCCCGGCUCAGCCCAGGACCCCUUUCUCAGCACCGCUGGCCCUGAGCUGCCCCAGUCAGGGAGCUCUUCCCAGAACAAACUCCGGGGUUGGGAGAGAGGUUUCAGCCAUGACGCCCAGCCCGAGCGUGCACUCUCAGCCCUGGUUCCAGGAGGGGCCCAAGUCUUACCUUUCUAGCUCUGGGCCGUCGUCCUUGCCAGCCAGCAUGGACGGUUUGCAGCUGGGUGCAGCGGCCCCCGGCCUGGGUCCCAAGCCUGGCGGCACAGACCCUGGCGCGGGUCCCAGACUCAGCCCCACCAGCCGCAGCCAUCCAGCGCUGUCCACCCCGCCGGAGCUACCUUGUAAAGAAGGUCCCCCCGGCUGGUCUUCGGAGGGCGGCCUGGGGCCUGUGCUCGCAGAGAACCCUGGCCCCCACAGGGUGAAGCUGCCCUGCCAGACCCUCAGCCCGGGCCCCGAGCCUGGGCCCUCCGCCGCCGAGCUGAAGUUGGAAGCCCUCACGCAGCGCCUGGAGCGGGAGAUGGACGCCCACCCGAAGGCCGACUACUUCGGUACCUGCGUGAAAUGCAGCAAAGGGGUGUUUGGGGCCGGCCAGGCCUGCCAGGCCAUGGGGAGCCUCUACCACGACGCCUGCUUCACCUGCGCGGCCUGCAGCCGGAAGCUGAGAGGAAAAGCCUUUUAUUUCGUCAACGGCAAGGUGUUUUGUGAGGAAGACUUCCUGUACUCCGGAUUCCAGCAGUCCGCCGACAGGUGCUUCCUUUGCGGCCAUCUGAUCAUGGACAUGAUCCUGCAGGCCCUGGGGAAGUCCUACCACCCUGGCUGCUUCCGCUGUGUCAUCUGUAACGAGUGCUUGGACGGGGUGCCCUUCACCGUGGACUCCGAGAACAAGAUCUAUUGUGUCCGGGAUUACCACAAGGUGCUGGCCCCCAAGUGUGCAGCCUGUGGGCUUCCCAUCCUCCCCCCUGAGGGCUCGGACGAGACCAUCCGCGUCGUGUCCAUGGACCGAGACUACCACGUGGAGUGCUACCACUGCGAGGACUGUGGCCUGGAGCUCAACGACGAGGACGGCCACCACUGCUACCCGCUGGAGGACCGCCUGUUCUGCCAGUCCUGCCACGUCAAGAGGCUGGAGAAAGGCCCCUCGUCCUCGGCCCCGCACCCACACCGCUUCUAGCCAGAGCCCCGUGCAGAGACCUCAGCGCGGGAUGGGAGGCCAGGGCUGCACGGUGGCCCAUCCGCCCGUUGAUUCCGGUGUUCCCCGGGGUGGCAUUGGUGGGGGUGGGGGUGGGAGGGCCUGGCCGGCAAGCACCUGUGCACAUGUGUGGGGUCCUUCCCUAUCCCCAGCGAGGCCCACCCUCCCUGUCUGGUGUGUGAGUGUUUUCCAAGGGCCUUUCCUCGCUGGCACGCGCUCACGCUCAUCGGAGUGUUCAGGAAGCCGCUCCAGUAGGCGGGUGGUGCGUGGCGGGAUCACAGCAGUGCAACCGAAUGAGCCUGCCCGUCUCCUCUGGGAACGGCUGACCCCGGGGGGCAGGGUCGCCCGGGGCGUAUUUCCUAACAUCCCCGGAGGAGAGAUUUCAGCUGCCCAUCCAUUCAGCCCCUUCCCUCCCUUCAGGAAAACCCACGCACCCGCCCUCCCCCGGCGCACGCGGGUGUGCGCGUGCACACACACACACACACACACACGUGACUUAAGCUUCCUUCCACCGUGGAGUGUCAGCUGUUCUGCAGACUCCGCCUGGUUUAUGACGAGUGGGAAGCCCUGACACGUGCCGAGUCUCUUGGAAGGAAUUCCCUCGGGAAACCAGAGCCGUGCAUUGAAGUUAGCGAGACAGGGUGGCCUCAGACACACUCUGCAUGUCCCCACGGGUCUUCCCUCCCCCCAUAGGCCGAGGCGGGGGGCUUUGGGACGAAGAACUUGGCGCGGGCGCCAGGCCCCUCUGCCCACCUGUUUGCGCGAGUCCCCUCUGCCGCUCCCCAGAGUCCGUGACUUUGGAGUCGCUCCCCCAGAGGCGAGUCUCAGGACCCCACGUGCGGGCAACCCCCCGGGCUUUGGGGGAAGUCCUGCCGCAUCCCGAGAGCCUGCCCCGCGCAGAGGGGGGGUGUUUGUGUGCGAGACCCCUAGAGCGGCGUGGGCGCGCACCUGAGCAUAAGUUAUUACAGUCAUUUCCCAAGGGCCUCCUGCCCAGUCCUUGGCACAGCGCGUGUUUGAAGAAACCAGUAUAAGGUACAGUGCUCUUGUCUGUCCUUUCCUUCUUUCUUCUUUAUCGUGUCCCUCCACUGUCAGCCUUCCACACCCAAAAAGAUACCUCACAGACACGAGUGUCACCAGAUCGCAGGUAGGGGCGGAGUUCGCCCGUCACAGUGGGCUCAGCUGGCUUCUGUGGCGUGGUGGGAAGGUCUGGCUGCGUACAGCCUGCCUCCGGCGGGUCAGGGCACCGGGACCCUAGCCAAAGGGCCUCGGGGACUACAGCAGGUUGACACUGGACGCUGUGCAUUGCGUCUGGCUGGCUCCCCAGGGUGACAAGGGCCCCGAGGGCCACACACAGGCAAGAUGUCAAGGCCACCUCUGCACGGAGGAGGCAGAACUGGCCCUGCGUGGCGCAGUCCUGAGGCCAGACGGGGCUCAAGGUCCCUCGGUGUUUCAAUAAGAAGGUGCGUGCAUAAAUAUUUUAAAGAGGUUGACUGCCAUUUGCCCCUCAGCCUUGUCACAGGAGCCCUGGGGCCACCUCACCACUGCCAGCCAGGCUGGGGCAGUGCAGCUGGCAUCUGCUCUCCGCCUCCUCACCUGGCACCCCACAGGGGGCACUGGGGGACUCGAGCCUCGGAGGGUGGUGAGUGGAGCCCUCCUGGGACCCCCAGACCUCUUGCAGGGCUCCGCUUCCCAUCUGGGCCGCGUUGUGACCCACUCAGACCCAGUUGCCUGUAAGAAGCGCUGCACGGGCUGGUUUGACGUUUUUGUUAGAGUCACUCUGCUGGAUCCUUUGGCCACAUGUCACUUCUGUCCAGGUUGUGCACUUUCAUUAGUUCCUUUUCACGGGCUGAGCCUCCCGAGAAGCUGUGAGUGCACGGGGCUGGGGCAGCGACCCCUGGGGUCAUAUUAUACCCCUCUCUUCCCAUCCAGUCAUCCGGCUCAGCCCGGGCAGGCAGGGCCGUGGGCAGGGAGCCGGCCGAUGCGUCUCCACCUGCCCCUGCCGGCCUGGGAAUGUUCCCAGCCUUGCAGGCUCGUCUUUGCUCCACUUGCAAGCCCCAUGGGGUGAAGGAAGUUGCCUCGGAGCCACUGUCAGGGGCAGGAGGCGUGGGUUUGCAAAUUGGGUAACUAGUUAAGUGUGUGAUUUUUUUAAAUGAGAAAUUUAAUAAUAGCCUUGAUUGGGGUGAUUCCGGUCUGGCUGCAAGUAUGGCAUUUUGUGCCACUGAAGAGCAGUGAGAGAAUGAUGGG